AAAAUUGAAACAGGAAGUGGUCUAUGUGUCGAGUAUUUCUCUGUCUGGUGUGAUGUGCUAAGAGAAGGAUAGCAUUUGAUAUUUUUGCUUUCUCCCAUACAAUACAAAGGAUGGCGUGGGCACAUCUAUUGCUAUUGACUGUUGCAUGGACUAGGCCUACUGAAGGCUUUAACAUCUAUGAGAAACCAGUGACGACCUUUAAAGAGGAUAACGAUGUACUUUUUGGACAAACCGAGGCUCAGACCAAAGAUGGAGUCCUGAUUCCAUCUCCAAACUCCAGAGUGGUAUUUGUUUGCACUUUGAAUAAAGGAGAUGAGGGCAAAUGUGCCAAACUUACAGGUUUCACUGAAGUAGAAGGAACUAAGCCAGUUGUUUCAGUAACAAACCUCAUGACUGCCGAUAACGAGAAGACAAUGGUCUGUCAACAGCAGAGAAAGAUGGAAAAAUGUAUUGAAUACUUUAACGCCAACUGCAUUCUUCAGUCUGCAUUCGGCAACACUGAGGUGUUGUACCCGGCUACCCUGGUGGUCGAGCAACUCGAUAAAAUCAACGGCAGCAUCAACAGAAACAACAACAAUAACAACAACAACAACAACAACGAUGACGAUGACGAAGAGGUUCCUGGUACAGAGAUUGGAUUUGUACUGGAUGGUUCUGGUAGUAUAUCAGCACCCGAUUUUGCAAUAGCAAAACAAUUUAUUUGUGAUGUGAUGUCCAAUGUAUGGAAGAAAUGCUAUAACUGUGACUUCACCUUGGUUCAAUAUGGAAGUAGUGUCAGGUCUGAACUAUCACUAAAGGAUAGCAAGGAGAACGGUCAAAAAGCUCUUGAGAAGGUGAAGAACAUCCAACAAAUUGGUAAUCUUACAGUAACCGCUUCAGCCAUACAGUACUUAUUAAAUCAUAGCUUUGCUUUCGACAACGGAUCGAACCCAGCAGCAAAGAAGAUGAUGAUUGUGGUGUCAGAUGGAGAAAUCACUGAAUUUGAUAGAACAAACCUUAUCCCUGCACUGGAAAUGCUUAAGAAAAUGGAUGUCACCAGAUUUGCUAUUGGUGUGGGAGAAAUUAGAGUUAAACCUAUGGCAAUGAAGGAAAUGUCAGAUAUUGCUGGAGAUAAGAAAAAUCUCAAGUUUGUGGAUAACUACAAUGCGCUGACAUCAAUCCUUGCCCAACUCGAAAAUAAUCUCUUAAGUAGCAUUGAAGGAUUAAACGAAGGGGAUGGCUUCAAAUUUGAACUCUCCGAGGCUGGCUUCAGCAGUCACAUAGCACCUGAUGAGUCCCUGCUGUUUGGAGCCGUGGGAGCCAACGACUGGAGCGGUGGCGUCAUCCUCAGGCCUCCCGGGCAGCCAGUGAGCUUCUUGCAGGCAGAAUCCUCAAAACAACGCUUCUCCUAUCUAGGCUACAGUGUGCUGUCAGCGACAGUCCCCUCUACCGCUAGAGAAAAACAGUACCUCUAUAUCUCAGGGGCCCCUCGCUAUAAUCUGACUGGCGGGGUGCUUGUCUUUGAUGCAGCCAAUCACAAACAGCGUCAGCUACUACAGGGGGAACAGUUGGGGUCGUACUUUGGGUCAGUGUUGUGUGCUGUGGACAUUGAUCAAAAUGGAGAGACAGACUACCUACUUGUUGGGGCGCCGUUCCACUACCAGAAGGGAGAGGAGGGAAAAGUGUUUCUAUACAAGCUGCUGGGAGAGGGGGCGUUUCAAAAGGAGGACUUUGAAUGGCGAGGCUUGGAGAAGUAUGUGUUUUCCAGGUUCGGCUCGGCCAUCGCCAGCGUCGGGGACCUAGAUGGAAACGGAUGUACUGACGUGGCCGUCGGCGCGCCUCUGGAAGAAGAUGGCCAAUCCGGAGGCUCCGGAAGCAUCUACAUCUUCAAUGGCGUUUCAGACAAGCUACAGCCGCUACAUUCACAGAGAAUUUCCCCUGCGUCCAUUGGGAUGAAGCUCCGACAUUUUGGCCAGUCAGUCAGUGCUUUCUCAAAGCAAGUGGACAGAAAAAGACAGCGCCACAUCAGUGUUGGCAGUGAAGGCAACGUCACUGUCCUUGAGACCCUUCCCAUACUUCACAUCAAACCCGUACUGGAAGUGUUACCAACAAAAAUCCCGUUUACAUGGCGGGAAAAAACAGGCAAGGUCACUUUGGAAAUCCAAUUCAAACAACGAGACCAGGGAGAAAUUGCUGACACUGAAGAACUUCAAGUUUUGUAUAACAUUUCUUUGGACGUGGAUCAAGACAAAAAGCGACUGACAUUCGUCAACAAUUCAGAUAAGGUGGGAGCGUUCGACUUGAAACCAUCUGUAGGCCCUCAAUGUAUCAGCCUGACUUUCAGCGGCUGCAAUGAUUGCUACGCACCCAUUGUAGUACAGCUUAACUUCACUUUGAAAACUACUGCCAAUCGGAAACCACACCGAGUUUUGGAAUAUUGGACUCCCAAGGAGGUUACUCAAAAGGUGAUGAUUGCCAAUAACUGUGAAGGAUCAUGUGUUGCAAACAUAUCCUUGUCGGAUUCAAAGCUCAAUCAGGACGUCGUUAUCAUUGGAUCAUCCAAGAGCAACUCAAUAUCCUUCAAUCUGACCAACCAUGGGGAUGAAGCAUACAUGACAAAGCUUGUUCUUGCCUACCCUCAUAAUCUGCAGUACAGCCAUAUGACUGUGAAUAAUCCGGAAUCCACAUUAGAGGGGACCAAGUGUGAUCAUGAACUCAGAACGCCUCUUUCUGAGGUCAGGUGUCGCCUUCUGCAUCCGCACUUCAAGAAAGGUGCACAGGCCAACUUUGUCAUCCAUUGGCAAAUUGUGGAUAUGAAGGCAGAGAUGCGUGAUGGUCAAAUCCAUGCAAGUCUAACUAGUGCAAACCAAGACAACCAAAUAUUGGACAAAAAAACAUAUAGUUUUACGAUGAAGAAUGCUAUGACAGUGCAGCUAUCGGGGACUGCCAGCCCAAAUGUUAUACCAUUUGAGGACAGACUUAAAGAGGCGGACAUCACAUUUACAUUUAAGCUUAGUGGUGAGAACAAGUAUAAUGCAACUUUAACAGUUGACAUCAGUUUAACGACGUUUGAACACAACACCAACAUGGCUAAACCUACAGUUGAGCCAAGGGAUCAUUGUAAGAUAAAUAAAAAAACUCAAGGAUAUUAUGACAUCAAGUGCCUCGUGACCGAUUUGAAAGAUAUCAGAGUCCAUACGUCAAUUAGUGAUGUGAAGGAAACAUCGAGCAAAAUUACUGCCUCUGCAAAUGUGACCAUUGAUGAGGACUUCGUUCUCAUGGGUGUCAACACAACGUCAUCAAAGGUGCAUGUGAUGAUACUGAAGCAGGAAGUGAUCAAAUCAGAAGCAGCUAUCAUUGGCGGGUCUAUUGGGGGUUUCUUAGUCCUGGUGCUGUUUGUGGUCCUCCUGUUCAAGUGUGGCUUUUACAAGAAACGUAAUCAGUCUACGUAGUUCUGAUCAAAAAACAGUUGGAAGUUGGUGGCCCUGUUUGGUUCAUGGUUCUUUUCUAAAAAUUGUGUAUGAUUAUUAUUACUAUUAUUAUUAUUAUUACUAUUAUUAUAAUUAUUAUUAUUAUUAUUAUUACAAUUUUAUGAUUGACUGAUGGAGCUGUAACAUAUUUUGCAUACAUAUCCAUUAUAAUAAAUACCGUUUUCUGCAUCUAGUGUGAUUAUCUGCUCAUGGGUUAAAUUCUAUAUUUAAUACAUAUUUAAUCUUUGUUUUUCAUAAAAUGUAGUGACGGAGCUCGCUCUUUAACAAAUGUUAUUAUUAAAAAACCCAGAAUUAUGAUGCUAGCGACCCGGCUUCCACAUCCUUGUUCUGCCGGAAAAAAAAAUGACGAAGAAGAUGACAUGCAUAUGUAUUGCCCCAAAAUCCUUAGAUACUGCUGUAUUACUUUAUUCAAAUCAAAUGCAAAAAAUAAGAAUAAAAACGGUAUUAUGUGGUUGCAAACGGUUUUAACGGUCUGAAACGCAAGUGAGGAGCGCCAAGCGCAAGUAGCUUUGUGGGCGGUUCUAUGGCGAUGUUGCUAUUUUAGCAGCGCAUAUAUGACUCUUGCGCCCGGCGCAAAUCUAAAAGGGUCUGAAGUAGCCUAAUUACCCGUAGAUGUGGUUUGAGUGUAACGUGCAAUAAACCAAUGAGAGUGUCAUCUCCCAACCCCUUUAAGGGCCAUGAGCGCAUUUGAAUCUGACAAGUUUAUAUUUUGACAGCGCGUUUGCAGUCUCCGAUGAGACAGAUGCAUGACCACAUCAAUUUCAAAUAAUAUGGCCAAAUAAUAUGGCCUAAUUCACACAUGGAAUAGCGUUUUCUUCCGCAACUUCAGAAACACUGAGUCCUCAAAUAAAUUUUUGCAAAGAAAACUUAUCACACAUAUGACACGCGGUAACUGUGUUUCUAUUUCUUACCAGUAUUGUAUGCAUUAUCGUUAUCGACUUGUGUUCCUAGUAUGCAUGUGUCCCCCCGUUAAUAUACUUUGCCAUGGACUGUAUAAGGCGUUACGUGUUUAGUUUGCGAGCUUGUAAACAGAUGGACGCACACACGCGCGCCCGCUUUCAUUAAUUAUUUUACACAUACAGACACGCGCACCCGAAUUCAUUCAUUCUUUUUGAUCGUGAGAAAACAAUGUUUUCUCACGAUCAAAUACUCAUCAAUCCUAAAAGAUAUGGGCUUGUACACGAUGACUGUGUCAAGAAAAUAUGUGUUAGCUCUACGGUGUUUGCAGAUGCAUUGAUUUCAAAGACAACUUAUUACCGCUGUAUCAGCUGUUCUUUCCCAAAUAAUUUCCCAAGAAUGUGAAUGCGCAAGGUGCACAAGCAACAUUAAGCAUGCGCCCUUAAAAUAGCAUCUGAACAACGCGCCACUGACUUUAAAGGUAUUUCCUGGUUUGUGACGCAAUUGUUUUCUGAAACUGCAAAAUAGCACCAGGGAACGUUUGCGCCACCUCCUUUCGCCGAACCGCCCCUUUGGGCGCAAGAUCAUUCCCUAAUUUACAGGCGCGUGGCGGUGGAGGGAAAAGAAAGCUCUGCGCCAGUUGCAAACUAGCAACGACCCAUGCGUCAGUGUAGAAAGUCAAUUGUGCCGGAUGCAAGAUAGGGCCCAUAAUGUUAUUCUGUGUCUUAAUCAUAUUCUUCUUAUUUAGCCUAAUUUCAGUUAAUUUUCUCCUCAUUAAAUUUUUUAGGGAUUAACAUCAAAUCACAACAAAAAUUGUUUGGCAUAUAUCAUUGCAGUGCACGACUAAUUUUAGACACCAAACAUUGCUAACGAUGCUGUCCCCUCCAAAAUAAUAAAAGACGUCUUUGACUCAAUCGGCCCAAGUAUUCAGGUCAUCCUCAACUCUUGCCUGACCAGGGGUUUUGUUCCUGCAAGUUUUUAAGCAGGCGGUUGUCCAGCCACUGCUUAAAAAACAUAACCUGGAUGCAAAAUGUCCAAGAAACUACCGUCCAAUCUCUAAAUUACCUUUUAUUUCAAAAAUCCUGGAAAAGGUGGUUUUAUCACAACUAUUGCCCUUUUUAAACCAUGCCGAGAUUUUAGAACCCUUCCAAUCAGGUUUUAGAUCACGUCACAGCACUGAGACAGCCUUAUUGAAAGUAACAAAUGACCUGCUCCUCACUCUAGACUCUGGAGAAAAUGCCAUUUUGAUCUUACUAGACCUCAGUGACGCCUUCGACACUGUCGACCACAACACCCUCUUGUCGCGCCUAGAGCAGUGGGUUGGUAUUAGUAGCACAGCUCUUCAAUGGUUUUCCUCCUAUCUCACCAAUAGAUCUUUCACAGUGUCUAUCGGACAGUUCUCCUCACCCUCUGCCCCUGUGUCCUGUGGGGUUCCCCAGGGGUCCAUUUUAGGCCCUGUCCUCUUCUGCCUUUACAUG